AUGGCUGUCGGAAUCUUCAACUCUACCUACUACGGCAAGGACUACCGGGCCGGUGCUGCACUCCUACGUGCCCGCCGUCCAUAUCUGUUCAAGAACGCCAUCACAGGGACCAUCCUCGUAGCCUUCUCACUUGGCGUCUUCUCCUAUACUAUCAAAGCUGUCGGUCAAGAAGAAUUCUCCGAAGUCAAGGUCCCCGAAGCUCCCGCGCAGAAGAAAUGA